GUCGCAAAUGGCUGUACAUUUUCUAUGCUUAGGAACAGCUUCAUCUGAAAAAGAGAACAGAUAGUCCUGUGUUAUGGAACACAACUCCACUAUAAUUUUAUUUACUGAAUUCUGCGAGAGUGGGAUCUAAUAAAAAGAAGCAAAUCAGAGACCGUUUCCUGCCUACGUGAUUAAUAUUUUGAAGGUUGCCUGGAUAUAACCUACCUCAUUUUCUUGGUCAUAAAGCAGCCAGCAUUUCAGUCUUUCCUAUCACACCAAGAAGCAUGGAAGCCAUUGCAAAUUUUGAUUUCAAGGCAUCAGGAGAAGAUGAAUUGAGUUUCCGGGCUGGAGACAUCCUGAAGAUCUUAAGCUCUCAAGAAAAUUGGUACAAGGCUGAGCUAAACAGCUAUGAAGGAUAUGUCCCAAAGAAUUACAUAGAUCUUCACACUCCCAGCUGGUUCCAGGAAGGAGUAACCCGUCAUGAGGCUGAGAAAAUGCUCAGGGACAAAGAAAUUGGCUCUUUCAUCGUCCGAGCUAGUCAGAACUCCUCAGGAGACUUCUCCAUCUCUGUCAGGCAUGAAGACGACGUUCAGCACUUUAAAGUGAUGAAGGACACAAAAGGGAACUACUUUUUAUGGAGUGAGAAGUUCCAGUCACUAAAUAAACUUGUGGAGUACUAUAAGGUUGUUUCUAUCUCCAAACAUAUGCAGAUCUUCCUGCGGGAGGAGACCAAGAAAGAACAACAGGAAGCAUGUGUUUUGAAGCAGACCAAAAAGAAACAGGACAUGAAUUACCCACCUGCAAAGGAAGCAGGAGCAUCAGGAUACAAGAAAGAUGUGGGUCAAUGUACUCCUUUGCACCACAAGCAGGACAGGCGUGGCAGGAGUCUGGAUAUUCAGGAUGGGCCCAAGGGCCAAAGAGACCAUGGAGAAGGGAGUGUGCCAUCCAUGUUCAGGAGACACACCGAUCCAGCACAGCAGCCACAGCGAUCACGAUGGGUCCGUGCCUUGUAUGACUUUGAGGCAAUGGAGUGUGAUGAACUCGGGUUCUGCACUGGAGAUGUUAUAGAAGUCCUGGACAACUCUGAUGCUUUGUGGUGGAAAGGCUGUUUACAUGGACAACGUGGUCUCUUUCCUGCCAACUACGUAGGGCCUAUGACUUGGUGAAUUCACAUGGUUUUUGACUGUGUUUUAAUUAGGACAUUCCAUGUUAUCAAUAGCAGAAGACAUCUUCAAAAGACCAAGUUACAUAGUUUUUCACAGUCAUAUUAUUAGCUAUUUGGUAGUUUUGUUCAAGCAUACUAUCUUCUCUCCCAGAUCAAACACAGAAGAAAGCAGUUUUGCAUUCAUCACAGCAGACUUGAGUUUUGUACAGCUCUUAUAUGAACCAGUGGUAACAGGAAUAUUCUCCUUGGAGUAGCUUUUCAGUUAUUUCAAAAUUUAUUGAGUGUUUUUAAUUUGAAAAGUAGAUGAAGGUAUAUCAAAUUUUCUAAAUGUACAUAUAAUAUACAUUAAUUGUUCACGGUUUUUUUCUAAAGUUCAGCUCACCUGACAGGCAAAUGACUGUUUACUAAGUAGACUGAUGUACCAAUUUACUGAUGUACUAUUUACUGAUUACAUCAGUCAUUUGCUGCCCAAGCACAGGAGAAUGCUGAGCUCAUGUUCCCACUGGGAAAAAUGCAGCAUAACUCCCAUUAAGUACAGUUUGGCUUGGAAUUUGUCUCUAUAUGCCUUGAUUGCUUGAUCAUUAAGACUUUAUUUUCCCAGUAAGAAAGCUUUACAAUAUCAUUCUUAAUUUUGACUGUUCUUCCAGACAUCAUUACAAAGGUGCAUAUGUAUGUUUAUUCCACUCCACAAUAAUCACCUCAGUUUUUUCCCCUCCUAAUUAUAUGAUUUGCUGUUGCUCUUUCACUUUGUUUUCCUUUUGCUUGGGCCUUAUUUGGGAUUAUUAGUUACAGAACAAAGCAGAGGACCCCUCACAGGAGUUCUAAGCUGCAGAGAGGUUUAGAUCAGGGGUCUC